CUUCUCGGGGCGGAGUUUUCUAUUCUACUUAACGUGAAGUGGUGCAGGAUCUCCAGAUCGAACACAUCGCACCGCCUUCUGGAAGGAUUGCAUUCCCGGCAGCGGAGCACCUCGAUGGAAAACGGGAAUAUUUAGGCAUUUACUUGGGAAACUCACAGCAUUCCGUGCCUUUCUCCUGCCCCGUCAUUGAUGGGAAAUCAACUGGAUCGGAUCACCCACCUGAACUACAGCGAGCUGCCCACAGGGGACCCUUCGGGGAUAGAGAAGGACGAGCUGAGGGUCGGAGUAGCGUAUUUUUUCUCGGAUGAAGAGGAGGAGCUGGAGGAUAGAUCGCAGUCGGACAGUUACAAAGAUCAGAGCCCUGCCAAGGAGGGUCCCGUCGCUCCCAAGGAGAUCGAGUACUCUGCCUUCUGCUGCCAGGAAUGCAUUUUCUCCAAAUUGCGAGAGAACGAAGAUCUGAAUAUUUACUCCAUAAAAACUUUGCUCGCCAUGUGCAGGCCCGGAGACCUGCUGGAGCUAGUCGCCAGCGACCAACCUCCGCACUGGGCGGUGUAUGAAAGGAACGAUCAGGUCAUACACCUGUACAGGGGGGAGAUCCGAAAGGACAGCUUGUUUGAGAUUAGCAAUGGGCGGCUAGGUAGGAUAGUUAACAGUCGGUACAGAUAUAGACCGCUGCCCGCCGAUCUGGUGAUGCAGAACGCCAGUAGCCACUUGGGACUCGGCAGCGGGGAGAUUUGCUGGACGAACUCGGAAAGUUUCGCCGCCUGGUGUCGGUUUGGCAAGCGGGAGUUCAAAGCCGGAGGGGAGGUACACGCAUCAGAACAGAGGUAUUUCCUUAAGGUGCACCUUUCGGAGAGCAACGUGCACACGCUCAUGUUUCACAGUCUGGAGGAUUUAAUCAGGGAGCGGCGCAAGGUGGACGCUAGUGGAAUCUUGAAGGAGCUGUCCUUGGUCAACGGGAAGGAGUGAUCCAGCUCCUGCCAUAACGUGCCCCACCCCCUCAAAAAAACACAAACAAAAAACGGAAACGGACCUGUUGGGACCUGCAUGCCUUGUUCAAGGGCAGCUCUUCAAUUUAUUUCGGGUUUUAACUGUAUUCCAGGAAUGGAAAAAAUAUAUGAAUGUCCAUUAUUUGUAUGGGUGACCAUCAUUCGUCAUACCGAUGUCAUAAAAAUACCUUUAAAACUCACACGGCACACAUCUCGCCAAAUACAGUACUGUCUGUUUUCAGCUCUGCGUACCGUACAUGCUGCGACGGAUGGUGAUCGUUUUGCCACUGUCCGGGUUUUGUUUUGCGUGCAGGCAUUUUUUUUCAAUUUUGUCAGUCUUGCCAUAGUCACCCACAUCGUUCAACUAAAUGUAACUACCGGAUCAGUGUUUUUUGUUCAUAUUAAAUAAGACCUUCCCUUUUGCGCUGCGCAAUCUACCAACCGCCCGGUUUGUGCCAUUGUUGAUUUAACCUUUUAAGGUUCUUGUGUUAUUAUUUGAUUUUCGUAUUUGAGUAAUAUACCUUGUUUCAUUUUUGAAUAAACGUCGGCUGCGACAUCGAUCAGAUCUGAUGUGUAAAGGCCAUUUUUACGGUCGCUGCCAUAAAUCAGGGGGCUGGCGCAUGCCUCGGUGAGCACGUGCCGCGUCGGCGAGCAGCGCCCGCUGGCGCGAGCCCAAGCCACCCGAACUUUGUCAAAGACGCACACGCGGGAGCGCGCUUGUUCGCGGCGAGGACGCGCAGCGCUAGUAAAAAAUGGUGGCUGCGGCUGCCUACACUUAAGGCUGCAGCUGUAAGCGGCUCAGACUUCCCUGCUUUUCACUGGGAAGAGCAGCCAGACCUCGUUUUCAUAGUCCAUUGAGAAUUUGAUCCGAGUGCUAACAACAUCUAAGAGGCAUGCAGUGGAAAGACAAUUUCCAUUAAAAAGGAUUUGGAAAUAAUAGAUACCCCCCCCCCCC